UCAUUCAAUAUUUAUUUAUAAUUUUCAUUAUUUUUUUCUUUUUCUCGUCAAUUUUGACCCGUCAUCCUCUGAUUCUGCGCCAUCCUUCUUCCUCCCCCUUCCGUCUCUCUCUCUCGAACCCGCACAUGAAUAAAGAGAGGAGUUUUGAAUAAAGUAGAAAAUUGACAAAAACUCAGAAAUUUUCAGGGUUUUUCUGGUGAGCAUUCAUUAUUUAUAGGCGUUAUGGAAGAUAUUGGAGUUGAUAUCAGUUCGGAUAUUGAAGUGGAUGAUAUAAGGUGUGAGAAUAUGGCAGAAAAAGAUGUCAGCGAUGAGGAGAUUGAACCAGAAGAAUUGGAAAGGCGGAUGUGGAAGGACCGAAUUAAGCUUAAGAGGCUCAAAGAGAGGCAGAAGAUAGCAGCACAGCAGGCUGCGGAGAAGCAAAAGUCAAAGCAAACGACUGAUCAAGCUAGGCGGAAGAAGAUGUCUAGAGCUCAAGAUGGGAUUUUGAAGUACAUGUUGAAGCUGAUGGAAGUUUGCCAGGCUCGUGGAUUCGUGUAUGGGAUUAUUCCUGAAAAGGGUAAGCCGGUUAGUGGUGCUUCAGAUAAUAUUAGGGCUUGGUGGAAGGAGAAGGUGAAAUUUGAUAAGAAUGGGCCUGCUGCGAUAGAUAAAUAUGAAGCUGAGUGUCGUGUCAAGGUAGAGGGAGUUGGUAAUCAGAAUGGAAACUCACAAAGCAUUCUGCAAGAUUUGCAGGAUGCAACUCUAGGAUCACUAUUGUCAUCUUUAAUGCAGCAUUGUGACCCACCACAGCGGAAAUAUCCUUUGGAGAAGGGUGUUCCACCGCCUUGGUGGCCAUCAGGAAAUGAGGAAUGGUGGAUAAGAUUAGGGCUACCAAAGGGUCAGAACCCUCCUUAUAAGAAGCCACAUGAUUUGAAGAAGAUGUGGAAAGUUGGUGUUCUUACUGCAGUUAUAAAGCAUAUGUCACCUGAUAUAGCCAAAAUCAGGAGGCUUGUACGACAAUCAAAGUGCUUGCAGGAUAAGAUGACUGCUAAGGAAAGCUUGAUUUGGUUGAAUGUUCUUAGCAGAGAGGAAGCCCUCAUGCAGCAGCCAAGCAGUGAGAAUGGUUCAUCUAGUAUUAGUGAGGCACCUUGGAGAGGUCGUGGUCAAAGAAAGAAACCUUCAGUUAGCAGUGACAGUGACUAUGAUGUAGAUGGCACUGAUGGCACUGAUUGUGUCUCAUCUAAAGAUAACAGGAGAAACCAGCCAUUAGAUGUGGCACCAUUAAAGGUUGUUCCUCAGUCUGUUCAAGAAAAAGAACAAAGAGAGGAGCGGCCUAAAAAAAAGAAACGUACAAGAUCAAACAAUGAAAAUAUGCUGGUUUCACAAUCUGUAAAUGAGCACUGUCACGAUGUGCCAAAAGAUAUGGUGCCUGACAUCAACCACACAGGUGUAGAGUACCCUGGCUACAAGUCAGAAAAUAAUAGAACAACAGCAAUGAGCCCUAUAGAGAAAGAUGCAGAGAGUCAAUCUCAUUUACCUGUAGCUGAACUUAAUCACUUCUCCACUCUUCCAUCUGCCAAUGACAUAGGUGCAGAAAAUACUUUUGCAAGCAACAAGUCCUUACUUCACCAAUCAGCUCAAAAUCUCGAACUUGUACCUUAUGAUUCUGGAUCACAUCAGGAGGCUCAAGAUUUUCAACUACAUAAUAUACCUGAAUUUUCUGAGUUGCAUGAUGGAGUCCCAAAUUCAGGAGUGCACUAUGGACCUCAAGAUCCUAGUUUUCAGAAUAGGCCCCAAAAUGCUCUUUUGCAACAUGGUCCUCAUCCUUUGCAGCAUGAUCCUCAUCCUCAGAGCACUCCUUUACUACCAGGGGUUCAUAAUUCUGGUAUGCCUCAGGCCCAUCAAUAUCAUUUUUACACCCCACAUGUGGAUAUUGGUCUAAAUCGUGAUGGGCAUCAAUCUGUGGUGGCAUUCAACGAAUUCCAGCCUAGGAUAGAGAAUCCUGAAGUUAAUGUACCAAUUAUACAAAGAAUUGGGAAUGAAGCAACAAGUGGAGAUUUUGAUCACUAUUUGAAAGACAGAUUUGAAAAUGAGCAAAAUGCACCUGUUCAGAAUCAUUUCAUACCUCCACUGAAUAGCCUGUCACCUGAUUAUCCUUUCUUAUCAAUGGAUGGUCCACCAUAUGAUGACUACUUGCUUGAUGAUGACUUGAUUGAAUACCUAGCCUCCUAAGCGAGAAACUCUCUUGAUUCUGCUAUUAAAGUAUGACUUUUGGUCUAGAAGUUGGACUUGCUGCGAGUAGUACUGUAUGACUGAGUCUAAAGUAUGUAAGUUAUUAAUGUAGUUUCUCCAACUCAGCCAGAAAUCAUACCCCCAACUCAGAGCCAGAAAUCCUACCCCCAAUGACCACCUCCCCAAUUUCCCCUCUCAAAAAAAACUGUGUAGACUCAUCAAUAUGCACAUUGAAUUGAAUCUUGAAUUUUUUUGGGAUUAAAUUUGUCCCAGUUUGUUAGUUUCCAUUGUUUGACUUUUACAAAAUAUUAAAGGUUUCUUUGUUGAUUUUUGUAUAGUAUGACAAAGAGAGGAAUUAAGCAGCUCAUUGGUAUUAUUCUUGUGAGUUGUGAAUUCUGGGUACUUUUGUAUAGCUAAUUGUUACUUUGAGUUUAAGAUGGACGUUGUACAUUAAGUGGAAUAUGGAAUUUGAAGGGUAUGAAUUUGUUGGAAACUGGAUAUAGAUGGUUAAACUCAUUAUUAGAUGUGCUUGCUUGCUUUGCGGUUCAACACUUGGUGCAUGUUUAGAUGUUCUAAAUGCUCAUAGUUUCCUUAAUCCGAAAAGAAGAAAUCUAGCCAAUAAGGCUAUAUCUGUAAUCCAUAGGCAGGUGCAUUGGAGUGCAGUGUUUGGGUUCUACUGAAUAUGUGCAAUGUUGCUGCUGUUGAAUAGUGAUUCACUUCUUAUGACAAGGGCCUCUUUGACUAUUCAAUAGUUGCUAGGCAUAAAUUAUGCUGCUGUUGUGUAAAAAACAUCCUUGGGUUUGUUAGAAAUCUCCUUAAGCAAGGUGAUUAUCUGGAACUCAAUCAAAGUGAGACAUAUCACAACAUAUCUAUGAUGACCAGUCAUAACUGAUGCUUGAAGAGAUUUAUUUAGUUAUAAUGUUCUGAGAAGAGAUUUUAUCUCACAAAUAUUUUGGUAGGCUUGUAUUUGGCCCGAUUGUUAACAAUACAGUGUUCAUUUAACAUGUAGAUAAUAGGGACCUUUGAAAUGUUCUAUGUCAAGCUGUUCAGUGAAUAGCUUAUCUUUAUUCAUAAACAUGAACUACACAUUAUAGAACAUUUUAUUUGUGAAAUAUUUGUUCCUAUCUAAUGAUUAUUGGUCAUCAAAUUGAACUUAAAGAAUGGAUCAAGGUUUAUUUAUUUAUUAUGUUGGUAAGUUGAUUGAGAUGAGAUUAAUUUAUUUUUUACAAUUCAAGUGGAGCUGGCUGGUGUUCACAGAUAUGAGGUCUUGAUGAGUGUAAUGCUUGUUCAAGCUCUCGCUGAUAUACAACCAGCUAUUAUGAUGUGAUCUAUCUUCAGCUUCUUUGUAACCAACUCAUUGCCAUUUUAAUGUCAAAUAUUUCUUGCAAUAGUUAGUUCUAUAAUAUUUUUGUUUCUUACAUUAUUUAUUUAUUUGUGGUUCUUUUGUUUCUCGGAGCCCUGAUGUAGAAAACUGUCAAUAUUGAGAGAACUUUGCUUUCGAGAAUCUUUUCUGUCUGAGCUAAACUGCUAUACUGGGAUUUUGAUAGAGUGUGGUGCAUGGGUUCAAACAUUGCAUCAUCUUUUCAAAAGUGUGACUGCUAGAAGUCUUAAUGAACAGACACGUCUGUGUGUGUGUGCGCAUGAAUGUCUGUAUAUCAUUGUGUAGCUGUCACCUGGGAUUUUGGGAGCAGCUUCUAGAGCUCACUCCAUGAUAUGUUGGGUAUCAAAGGGGCAUAACCUUAAGUUGCUGGGUGCUUCCAGGCACAGGCAUCCAUUCGCAAUACCUCUGAACCAAACUAGUUCAGUUUAUGCAAACUAGUUCAGUUUAUGCUAUAUUACUGGCCUCAAGAAUGUGUUCAUUGGUAGGCUAGAAAUAUGGGCUUUAUGCUUUUAUGCAAUUUAUUACUUGAUCACCUAACCCCCUGUUGAGCAUUGCUGAUCUAAGAUUCUUGUUUACUGGGUGAGAAUGGGAGGCUGCGAGCUAUGAGUUUAUUUUCCUGUAGCAUCAUGAGGGGCUGCUUCUAGUGUCUCAAGUUUGAGCAACACCGACAAACUUCUUCAUAGCCCAAAUACAACAAUUGCAAGGCCUUCAUUUGAUGGUUUGCAAUUACUGGAGAGGAUUACUGGUCAUCAAGUUGAAAUGAAAAGGGACCCCAGGGCUUAUAAGAUUAUAUUGGGAAGCUGAAUAAGCGGAGAUUGGUUUAGCUUGUGCUAUUGCAAGUCGAACUGAGGUUCACAGAUAUGACUUCUUGAUGAUCGAAAUGCUUGUUCAACUUCUUGCUCAAUCACAAACCAGCUAACAUAUUUCGAUCUAUGUUGGCUUCUUUAGCACCAACUGAAAAAUUGCAGACAUCUAAUGUAAUUUAGUUUUAGAUAUAUUUUUUUUGUCAUUUUUUUUAACUUCUUUCUUCGAUCAAGAAAGAGAUUAAACAGGGUAUGGUGCUAGGGUGCAAAGCCAGCAUCCGCUUUUCGGACUCUGUGGCCGAUGCAAGGCUUAUUGAUCAAAUGCAAAGGUUGUUAAUCUGGUGCUAUCUUUCUUUCUUAUUUUUAGUUGAUUUGGGUAUCAAUGGGCAAGAUGGUUCAAAGAAUUUGCUCUUAGUAGGGUGAAUCGUAGUUUAUAUUAGGCAUGUCAACGGAUCUGUGUAUUAUUCAGACUAGAUCCGUAUCAAACAUGUUUUUUGUUGAGUUUGGAUCAAAAUUUUUAAAUAUAGACCCUAUUCAAAUUUGGAC